AUGGCAAUUAAAUUAAAAGAGAAAACUGCUGAUCGGCCAGUUGAAGUGCCAUCUGAACCAUGGAAGGCAGAAGCAAAGGUGAUUUUAAGGGAAGCAAAGAAUGAAGAAAGAUCUAUGGAGAUUGAGCCUUAUAUUCCUCAAUUUGUAAAUAGAACACGUCCUUUACGAAUUAUUCUGGAACAUGAGCUGGAAAAAUAUGAGAAAGUAAGAAAGCAGAAUUUCAAGAAUUUUCAGAGACUUCAGGAGGAGUAUGUUAAUAUACUCGAAGGAUUAGAAUUGUAUACCAAUGUAUUCACUAGCAGUGAGCAGGAUGAUAUUGUGGAGUGUGACUUUUUGGAAAUAGACAUGGGUCGAGCUGGUCGGUUAAGAAGAAGAACAUAUUCUGAGCCCAGGAAGUGGAAAUGUGGUAAAGGAAGGGACAAGGAAGGAAAUCUGCCUGGAAUAAUUCGCCACGAUGAAGUUGAUCCUUUACCGUCAUUCAUAAAGAGGAUGAUCAAACAAUUGAUUGUCAGUGAUGGAGAAUUCAGAGGUUUUGUGGAGAUCCCUUUACAUGUAGGAUCAGUUUUGAUUCUGAAAGGCAACGGCGCUGAUGUAGCUAAACACUGUAUCCCUGGAGUGCUAUGUACGAGAGUUUCUAUAACUCUCAGGAGGAUGAAUGAGCACAAGGUACCAUUCCAUUUUAAACCUGAUCCUGAGAUAGAAAAUUUGCAGCCUUAUGAGCUAUGA